AUGGCCAGCAUGCCCGAAGCGUCCAUCUUCCGCAGCUUCGCCACGCUCAAUAUCCGCAACCUGCUCUACAUGCAAGCCGAGUUGGUGUACCUCGAGAAAGACCUGCACAGUUUUCAACUGGAAGACGCUCGUGCACCCGGCACUACGGCCGUGAGGCGCCAGUACUUGACCAACUGGCGUCAGUUGAGCCAGUCGAAAUCCAAAGAGAAGAGUGCAGCAGUGGCAGGAAAGGAAAUGGAACAGCAGCAGCAGCAGCAGCAGGAGUUUAAUGACUCGCAGUGGCGUACGAUGGAGAUGAUUCGGGAGAAACUGCGGAUAUACAAUGAAGCCAUCAUCCAAACAAUGAAAGUCCUCUCCGCUAGCAAGCCGAGCGUGCAUGACCUCCGCGACAUCCAAGAAUACCUACGCUCGACCAAGAUGGCCAAUGGCGGGGGCCUCACAGGUCAAGACCACGAUGUAUGGGGCUGUAUAGUCAAAAACUUCGAGCUGGAUCAUGCAGAAGACCUCAUAACGUUGCUUCCGCGGCCGGAGUCCGACAGCCUGACACAGUUUGUGGUCAACCGCAUCAUCAAGAAGCUACACAGCAGGGAGGAAGGAUGGUUUCAGUGGAUAUGUGGAAGAACUGGAGAUAACGGAGAUGGGAGCAGAACAGUCGUGGUCAACCACAGGACUAUACACCGGUUGACCUUCGUGUUGACCAGCGGAGUCGCGUCGAUGUUGCCCGUGGUGUCUAUGGUGGCACUGCAACAAGUCGAGGCGGUCAAGGUACACGGGCUCAGCCUCGGUCUCAUUGCCAUCUUUAACUUUGUACUUGCGGUGCUGCUGACCUUGUGGACGUCUGUCAAGCGCGCCCAAGUGUUUGCCGUCGCGUCGGCUUUCGCCGCAGUGAAUGUCGUCUUUAUAGCAAAGUAA